AUGAGCCCCCCCGGGCCCGCGCUGGGGGCGCCGGGGCCGCAGCCGCAACCUUCCAGCGGCCCCAGCCUCGUGGGCACCUCGCGGGGCGGGCGGAGCGGGGCUGCGGGCGCGGCGCGGGGCGGGCGGCGGCGGACCCGGCACGUGGCUCCCGGCGCCGCGGGCGACAGCUCCAGCACCGGCUCCGGUCCUGGUUGCAUCAUCGGCUCCAGCCCCGAUUCCAACACCGGCUCCGGUUCCGGCUGCUGCAGGAGCUCCGCUCUCGACUCCGUUCUCGGCUCCGAUCUCAGCCCCUUCCCCGGCUCCACUCCCGGCUCUGUCGCUGUCUCGGGUCCCGGCUCCGUUCCCGGUUCCAUCGGUGGCGCCAGACUCGUCCCCUUCGCCAGAGCAAGUCCCGGCUCCAUUCGUAGCUCCGGCCCCACUCCCGGUCCCAUCUUCGGCUUCAGCUCUGCUGCUGUCCCCAUCCCUGCCCCCAGCCCCUCUGCUUUGACCAUCCCUGUCCCCAUCCUCAUUCCUAUUCUUGUCCCCAUCCUCAUCUCUGUCCCCAUCCUUGCUCCUGUUCCCAGCCCUGCUGCCAGCUCCAUCCCAAUCCCCAUCUUCAGUCGUGUCCCUGUCACCAUCGCUGUCCCUCCUCCUGUCCUCACUCCCUUCCCCACCGCCGCCCCGCUGUCAGCUCCAUCCCUACCCUCAUCCCCGUCCCACCCCAUCCCGGUCCCCACCGGAGCAUCCGGCUCAGCGGGCGGCCGGGUGCCGUCCGCCCCGCCGGUGCCACCAUCGCUGCCAAGGCCGAGGAGGACCUGCUGGCGCUGGCGGCCUCCCGGUUGA